UAUCUGCCGCCUCAAACAUCACUUGCGUAACCAUGGAUAAGGUCUGCAUUGCUGUCUGCUGCAUCGUCGCCCUCUUCUUCCUCGUCGACUACCUCCGGUGCCGACACGGCGGCAGGAGCGAUGGAAAGAAUGGGGGGACGCGGAAGCUGCCUCCGAGCCCUCCAGCCAUCCCGUUCUUCGGUCACCUCCACCUCAUCGAGAAUCCGUUGCACGCCGCUCUGUCCCGGCUCGCCGAGCGACACGGCCCGGUCUUCUCGCUGCGGUUGGGCUCACGCAGCGCCGUCGUGGUGUCGUCGCCGGAGUGUGCCAGGGAGUGCUUCACGGAGAACGACGUGUGCUUCGCCAACCGCCCGCAGUUCCCCUCGCAGAUGCCCGCGACGUUCAACGGCGCCGCGAUCGGCUUCACCAACUACGGCCCUCACUGGCGCAACCUCCGCCGCAUCGCCACCGUGCACCUCCUCUCCGCGCACCGCGUCAGGAACAUGUCCGGGGUCGUCUCCGGCGAGGUGCGACCCAUGGUGCGGAGGAUGCUCCGCGCCGCCGCCCCCGGCGGCGUCGGCGUCGCGCGCGUCCAGCUGAAGCGGAUGCUGUUCGAGCUCUCGCACAGCGUUCUCAUGGAAGCCAUAGCGCAGACCAAGGCGACUCGACCAGAGGCGGACGCAGACACGGACAUGUCCGUGGAGGCCCAGGAGUUCAAGCAAGUCACCGACGAGCUCAGCCCGCUUCUCGGCGCGGCCAACCUGUGGGACUACUUGCCGGCGCUCCGGUGGUUCGACGUGUUCGGCGUGAAGAGGAAGAUCCUGGCCGCGGCGAGCAAGAGGAACGCGUUCAUGCGCCGGCUGAUCGAAGCGGAGCGGCAGAGGAUGGACGAGGACGUCGCCGGCGGCGAUGGCGAGAGGAAGAGCAUGAUCUCAGUGAUGCUCGCUCUGCAAAAGACUGAGCCAGAGGUCUACACGGAUAACACGAUCAUGAAUCUCUGUGUGCCAUUAUUUGCUGCGGGAACAGAUACUACAGCAAUGACCAUAGAAUGGGCAAUGUCGCUUCUAUUGAACCAUCCUGAGACACUCAAGAAAGCACAAGUAGAGAUAGACACAUAUGUUGGGAACUCUCGCCUAAUCAGUGUAGACGAUAUGCCUCAUCUUAUCUAUCUCCAAUGCAUCAUCAGCGAAACGCUUCGCCUGUACCCUGCGGCACCACUGCUACUUCCUCAUGAAUCAUCCAUGGAUUGUAAGAUCAGUGGCUACCACAUCUCAAGCGGAACAAUAUUGCUUGUCAACGUGGUCGCCAUCCAUAGAGAUCCAAUUGUUUGGGAAGAGCCAAGUAAGUUCAAGCCAGAGAGGUUCGAGGAUGGAAAGUAUGAUGGAUUGCUCAUGAUACCGUUCGGGAUGGGAAGGCGAAAGUGUCCUGGAGAGACGCUGGCUUUGCAGAUAAUUGGGUUGGUUUUGGGGACUCUGAUCCAAUGCUUUGAUUGGGACAGACUUGAUGAUGCUGAGGUUGAUAUGACACAAGGCAGUGGACUGACCAACCCUAAGGCUGUCCCAUUAGAGGCCAUAUGCAAACCACGCGAAGCUAUGCGUGAUGUUCUUCAGAAACUCUUGUGAGAUAUCUUGGCGAUAUAAUUAGGUUCUGUGAGGGACAACAUGCCCGUCAUCCAAUCUGUUUCAAUCCUUUUUAUGAAAUUUAUGUAUUAUAUAUAUAGUGCAUAUGACUGUGUGAGAAUGAAUUGGUGUAGUUUUUUUAAUGCUGCUUUAGUGAACCUACUAAACCAAUUUUCCUCUGCAUGUUCUUGAACAUACAUAAUGGUACAUCAUGUUGGGGAAGUCACUGGUGUACAUAAGACGUGUUGGGAGGUUAAUGAUCAGGUGAUUUCAGCUUUUUAGUCUUCUCCAUCACAACCGGAUGGUGGUGUGGCCCAGUGCUUCGAAUAGGAGAGACUGACUCGAUGGGGUGGAGGUGGACAUGGAUGACUGAAUGUGGUGGGCUUACCAUCCCCAAGGUGGUUCUGUUGGAGACCCAUGUGUUGUGUGAUGCCAUGGACGAUGUUCUUCAUAAGCUAUUUGUCAGGAUCUCCAAGAAGGAAGUACAUGUAUAACCAACCGGAUGUUUGGUACUGGAGAUUUAAUUGGAGCGGUGCAGCCCACGUGUGGAUCUAGUUGUAGAAGCUGCAAUUAAACUUUCUGUGUUCUAAAACAAAAUCACUGCAAUUUCACAUAAAU